AAAGUGUUUUUUUUAAAAUGAGCGAAAAUGUCCAAGGAACAUUUAUAUCUCAAAAGAUUUCAAAGAUAAGAUGGAAACGUGAAGAUUUUGCAGAAAUAAAAAACUUUUUAACCGGCAGCUGGGACGAUCCGGUAAAUAAAAUUACAUAUUGGUCUCUUACAACAAACGAAGAUGAAGAAACAUAUCCAACUAUUGCUUCUGAGUAUUCAUUUCUCGGUGAUGUUACAGAAAUAAAGUUUAUAAACAGUAACUUUUUUGUGGCAUCGUCAUCCUUAGGCUCUGUUAAACUAUUACAAAUUCAUGAAAAUCCAUUUCCUCAAUUUAAAGAACAUAUGGCAUGGGAAUUUAUACAUAAUUAUAAAACAUUAGAUUAUGCUCCAUGUACUGCUCUUUCUAAUUUCGAGCAAGAUAUAGUUUCGGUGGGUGAAGAUGGUCGAAUCAAUCUUCUGACAACUACACAACAGAAACCAGUUAGAAUAAUUGAGAAUGCAGAUAGCUGUUCUAUUUAUUGUGUUGAUUUCCUAAGACAUAGUGAAAUACUGACAGGCAAUUUACGAGGACACAUGAAAGUUUGGGAUUUAAGAAAUGAUCAUGAUACUCCUGCAACUACUUUUAUGCUUUCAGAACAGAUCAAAACCGAAGCAAUGAGUAUCGCACAUCAUCCUACACAGAGGCACAUAAUAGUUGCAGGUGGAGGUGAUGGUAGUUUGACUGUAUGGGAUUUAAGACAUCAUACUUAUCCCAUAUCACAGCUUAAUGCUCAUGCAAAAGCAGUUAGUGAAAUUAUGUUUCAUCCAGACAGACCAGAAAAUUUAUUUACAUGUUCAACCAGUGGUGAAUUAUGGCAUUGGAACAAUACACAGAAUUCAAAAUUAAGAUUAGAUUCAACAGACACUCAUUGGUUGAAUACAAUAGGAACAAAUGGUAAUAUUAACGUUACAUCGCUCUGUUGUGAUAUGCAUAAACCAAUAAAUAGUAUUGACAUUGAUAAAACAACUUUACUAUUUGGAUGUGAUAAUGAAGCUAUGUAUAUUAUUAAAAAUGUAGCUAUAUAACAAUUUCAUAGAAUAAACAUUCCUUUCCAUA